AGUGACAAGUGAAAUGAAUGCAAAUGACAGUAUAGUGAAGGUGGUUUAUGUCAGUCUUUAUUUUAAAUCGAGAAUUCAAAAAAGGAGAAUAUUUUCAAAUAAUACUCACAGUUUCAGUUGAACUAUUACUUUUCCUUGAAAGCAGAACCAAAAACUGUUUAUGUACAUUCUGGUAAUAGUGACAAUACACUACUAUUUUCAUAACGAAACGACCUUGUCAGAUAAAAAUAAAAUUAUGAAAGUUAUUUGCAUUUUUAAGUAGAACGAGUGGAAUAACAAUAACGAAAAAACUGGAUAUCGCGGAAAGUUUUUCGGAAACUAUUCUAUUGUGCACGACAUCCUACGAAUCAUCAUCUGUUUAUUAUGGUUAAAAUUGACUUGAUACCUCUAUUAUGGCUGAGGACACAUCGGGUAGGCCCCCUCAAAAACAGUACGAUUAUUUGUUGAAGUUUCUGCUUGUUGGCGAUUCUGAUGUUGGAAAACAGGAGAUUCUAUCAGAGCUUGAUGAUGGGUCUUCAGAGUCUCCAUUUUGUGGCCACAGUGGUAGGUCUUAUAAAACCACAACGAUACUGCUCGAUGGUAAAAGAGUUAAAUUACAACUCUGGGAUACUUCAGGACAGGGGCGAUUUUGUACAAUCAUUCGAUCGUAUUCAAGAGGAGCUCAAGGCGUUUUAUUAGUGUAUGACAUAACAAAUCGGUGGUCUUUUGACGGUCUUGAUCGAUGGCUCAAAGAAGUGGAUGAACAUGCACCAGGAGUGCCCAAAGUUUUAGUGGGUAAUCGAUUGCAUUUGGCCUUCAAAAGAAAAGUAGGUGAAAGAGAUGCCCAAAUUUAUGCAAACAAACACAGUAUGGCCUUUUUUGAAGUUUCUCCUCUUUGUAAUUUCAACAUUCAUGAAAGCUUCUGUGAGUUAUCUAGGAUGGCUCUGCAGAGGAAUGGAAUGGAGAGGUUAUGGAGGUCUAAUAAAGUACUCAGCCUACAGGAACUCUGUUGCCGUGCUAUCGUAGCCCGAACAACCGUCUACAGCAUCGAGCAGUUGCCUUUACCAACAUGUGUCAAGUCCCAUCUUAAAUCAUACGCUUUGACAAAUAUCUCAACCCAACUCAAGUACACCCAUAGCACUCGAAAGGGCAACAACAAAAAAUUUAAGUAUGUCAGUACACCUACGUCACCAGGUUCAGAUGCAAGCAGAACUAGUUGUGUGCCACGGAACUCUUGUACAAUAUCUUGAUGUCCCUAAAAAUUUCUGUUAAAAUUGAAAAAGUGUGAUACGUGUGGGACAUUUCGUCCUAAAAUGUAAACCAAGGAUUUUGCGUAGAAUUAAGAAAAAUUAUAUGUGAAUCUGACUGUAUCUUAAUUUGUUGGACGGUAAAAUAUUCGAUGUUAAAUGUUGUUAUUCUGUACGUUUGUUUCCAUCAUUUGACAUGGCUACCGUCCUCUGAAACAGUAACUUAGAACUGAACUUAAGAAUUUUUUUUUCCAUGGCAGUUUUGACCGUCCUCGUUCUCUUGUAAAUAAAUCAUGUAAAUUAUUAUCAGAGCAUUUUAUCAAUUUUUUUACAAUGCUUAGUCAGUAUUUAUUUCAAUCAUAAGCAUCUAAUUAUAUUAUUUUCUGUAACAUAUUCAGCAAUAACACAAGAUCAUGUAUAUAUUUUACACCAAGGAGUUUGAUAUUUUCACUGCUUGAUACACUAAUUAACUAAGAUAAAUUAUCUUUGUGGUAUUUUGUAAAUUAUUAUUUCGAGCUGUAUUUUUUCAGUACCACUGAAUAAAAGUGACUUUUGAAAA